AUGGCGCUCGAUCUCGCCCACCUUCAAAUAUGGCUGGGCCUCCUUGUCGGCGGAGGUGCCCUCUACGCCUUUGUCAUCAUCAUCUACCGAGUGUUUUUUCAUCCUCUGGCCAAGUACCCCGGGCCUUUCCUGGCCAAGAUUACGGAUGCCUACCAGCUUUACCACGCCUACAAGGGUGAUCGCCAUCUCGAGUUUUGGCGCAUGCACCAAAGGCACGGCAAGGUUGUCCGCUUCGGCCCCAACAGCAUCUCCUUCAACUCCAACACGGCACUCAAGGAAAUCUACGGCUUCCGCUCCAACGUCCGCAAGGCCGAGUUCUACGACGCCUUUGUGCACCCGGCCGCCAACACGCAUAACACGCGCGACAAGGAGGUGCACGCCCGCAAGCGCCGCGUGCUCUCGUACGCCUUUUCCGAGGGCGCCAUGAAGGAGAUGCAGCGCUACAUCCUCGGCAACGUGCGCACCUUUUGCGAGCAGAUUGGCCUGCGCGACGGCGGCGCCGUGGUGGACGCCAAGGGCGGCGGCUGGUCGCCUCCCCGCAACAUGGCCGACUGGUGCAACUACCUGGCCAUGGAUAUUCUCGGCGACCUGAGCUUCGGCAAGGCGUUCCACAUGCUCGAGCGUCCGGACAACCGCUUCGCUCUGGAACUGGUCGAGGCGGCCACUACUAGACAUCUCAUCUGCGGCACCAUGCCCAUUGUCGACAAACUCAAGAUUGACCGCUUCCUGUUCCCCAAGCUGGCGGCCGGCCGCGCCCGCUACAUGGCCUACAGCAAGGGCCAGCUGACGGAGCGUACCAAGCUCGGCGAGGAGACGGACCGCCGCGACUUCUUUUACUACCUGCUCAAGGCGCGGGACCCCGAAACCGGGCAGGGAUUCAGCACGCCCGAGCUCUGGGGCGAGUCCAACCUGCUCAUCAUUGCGGGUUCCGACACGACGUCGACGGCCAUGGCGGCCACGCUCUUCUACCUCGUACGCAGCCCACACGCGCUGCAACAAGUCACCGAGGAGAUCCGCAGCAAGUUUCGCAAUGUUGAGGAGAUUGUGCACGGCCCAGCGCUGGGCGGCUGCACGUACCUGCGGGCGUGCAUCGACGAGGCGAUGCGGCUGUCGCCGUCGGUGGGCGGGAUCCUGCCGCGCGAGAUCCUGGCGGGCGGCAUGACGAUUGACGGCCACGCGCUGCCGGCCGGCACCGUCGUCGGCGUCCCGCACUACACGGUGCAUCACAACGAGGCCUACUUCCCCAGAGCCUACUCGUACGUUCCGGAGCGCUGGCUGGCCGGCCGCGGGAACAGCGCGGUCGGCCGCGAGACGACGGCCGACGACGUGUCUCUGGCGGCGUCGGCGUUUUGCCCGUUCAGCAUCGGGCCCCGCGGGUGCAUCGGCAAGGCGCUCGCGUACGUCGAGAUGACGACGGCGCUGGCGCGCACCAUCUACACGUACGACAUGCGCAAAGCGGUCGGCGUCGAGGACCCGAGCGAGGGCCGCGCCGGCAACGAAUGGGGCCGCCACCGGCCGAGCGAGUUUCAGCUCGUCGACACCUUUACGAGUGCCAAGAAAGGCCCGUUUGUCGAGUUUCAACAGGUGAAUGAAAGUUUUAACUAG